AUGCUGUAUAUCUGGUUUUAUUUGGCUGCCAGUUGAAUAUGGAGAUUCAGAAAUAGUUGAGUACGAAUAUUGCCAUCAAACAGUUUUAAAGUGUCUCUAUUUGAAGUAAGAAAAUUGAACUUUCAGGAUCUCCCAUCGAUCUUGGCAAAUGAAAAAUUGAUAAUAGGUCCGUAACCUACUACCAUUCAUUUAUUUGAUACAACUUCUCAUACGUACAGUUUACACACAAAUACAACGUUAUCCUUCCAAACAGCAAAAAUGAAUUAUUGUUGAAUCACAUAAGUUCAUGUGACCUUUUUUUACUCCUCCUUCACUUACAGGGUCUGCCCCAUCAAAACAAUUCCAGGGGCCCAAUACCUUAUAUUUCAAAUAAACAUUGUUAAAGAUAUUUUGAACAAAUUAUUUUCAGAGUAACUCGAAAAUGGCUUUGUAUCAGGUAACGUCCAAAAAGUAUCUUGUUGUAUGUCUGAUCCGUCUCCCAACCUUUGACCAAUAAACGAGAGCAACUAUCAUCAUGAAUAAUUCUACCGACGUUUCAAGUUUUCAAAACAAAGCCAAAAAAUUAAGCUACCAUUUAUUGCUUAUUCUGUAUGUAUCCGAAACGCCAAUAACAUUGAUCUUUCUUCAACUGUGUGGUAUCAUUUAUUACCAGAUAGAGAAUAAGAGAUGUAUCAGAACAAGCAUACUUUGAAAUACCUUGACUGUUAUAUUUAGUUGAUUUUACCAUAACUUGUAUUAUUUCAUUCUAGGCUACUACGUGGAUGAUAAUGGAUUUUUUCACUGCGAAGUAUGUCACAGAAAAUACAAAUUCAAAAACGGCGUCAAACAGCAUAUAAAGUAUGAAUGCAGGAUACUCGGACAGUUCCAGUGUCCCAUUUGCCAGAAAUUCUUUAACCGCAAAGGAAAUCUAAAAUUUCACAUUCUUAAUGUACACGGGUGUAGUAUUCGCUAGGGGUGUAUAGAGAGGGGAGAGGGUACAGGAUGCUGAUCGAAUUGUGGAAGAAUUUGACAAUUUUUGAGUGAAGCUUCAAAGUCACUAUGCCUCCUAUCAACGAACUUAGGUUCUAUACGUUGCUUCUCAAUAAAACUGUUCAACAAAUAGGCAGUCAUUUAUAGAAACGUUCCUUAUUGUACUAGUCAAAAUAAAAUGUACGCUGGAAAAUAAAUCCGUUGUAAUUUAGUUACCUAUUUAUUAAAUGCUUCAUAGUACAAUUUUGGUUGAGGGACAUUCGACCACUGUGUUAUUAGGGGGAGUAUAAUUGCAGAAAUUGAACAUUUCUUAAAUAUACCAGUAUUUUUUGUUUUAACAAAAGCACAAGAACGGAAAAGUACAUUUAUUCGAAUAGAAACCCUCCAGACACCGAAAGGGGGG